AAUGUCAUUUACAGUCAGCAAAACAUGACCUAGAAAGAUCUCGAUUGUCCAAGGAUUUAUGCACAAUGUCUAUAUAUAACUAUGAUUCAUAGUCACGGCCAUGUAAUUUAGGAAUGUUGUAUAAAAACGACCAACCUGCUGCCACAACACACAAGUGACAUUCGACAGUCAUUGAAAGUGAACCUGCUACACAGACGACAGAAACACGAUAAGAUGUCUUUGACAGUAAAAGCAAUACUGCAACGGGCAGAACCCGAGAUACGACGGUUUGCCGUACCUGCUGAUAUAUCCAGUAGUUUCGAGUACCUGAAGAAGAAGAUAUCUGACAUCUUCCCCAGUCUACGUCAGGGGAAAUUUUCUUUGUACUGGAAAGAUCAAGAUGGAGACUUGAUCACAUUUAAUUCUGAUGAGGAGCUGCUGGAAGCCUUGGGAUUUGUGGAUGAUGGCUUGCUGAGAAUUUUUAUCAAAGAGUCUGACACUCAGCCUACUCCUGGGACCAAUUCUGAUGAGGGAACUGGAGAACGACACCCCAAUAUAAUUUGCGAUGGAUGUGAAGGGGCAGUAUUUGGUGCACGAUUUAAGUGUGUUGUCUGCCCUGACUAUGACCUGUGUGCUAGCUGUGAGAAGAAAGGAAUUCACAGUGAACAUGACAUGAUGACGAUAACCACACCCAUCACUGGUGGACAAGGAAUAUUUGGAUCAUUUUUUGGACCUCCUCCAAAUCACCCAGGUCCUCAAGGUCCUCAUGGUCCUCAUGGGUUUGUGCCCCCUCCCCACUUCCGUCGCUGGAUGCAGAGAUUCAUGAGGCGCUGGCACAACAGGAAUGCUCCAGGAUUUUGUGGAGAAGAAAAUCAGCACCCUGAAGCAAAGGAGCAACAUGAAGAUCCCCAAGAGGAAUCCACACCAGAAGAAUACCUGAAGACUAUUGGAGAAUCUGUCCAGGCAAUGCUUGACCCCUUUGGAAUAGAUGUAGAUGUGGAUGUUGAGACCAAUGGACGUAGAACACACUGUGGUGGAGGAAGACGUGGCAGAUCUGCUGGGCGUGGCAACUGCAGGGGGCGUGGCCAGUGGGGAGGUAGCUGCCCCAGGAUGGGAUCCCGUGGUAAUGGACCUUGUAAUUUUGGUCAAGGCAAAUGUUCAGCCAAGAAACAAGGCGAGGAGAAGAAAGGAGAUCCUGAACCUCAAAAGAAGAGAGAUGAAGAGCCAAUGGAGAAGGAAACAGCUCCUAGCCCAUUAUCUAGACCCGAGACUCAACAACAAGACAGAACCAUGAACAUGGAAACAGCUGAGAAACCAAAAGAAUCAGAUGAUUGGACUGUCUUGUCAGGAGACAAUGAAUGUGACGGAAUGGAUCCAUCACCUACUCCAGGGCCACAAGUCCCGGAGUCCUUGCCCCAGAUGGCUCAGGGCUCUGCUCCUGGAGCUGAGCUGAUUUACCCUCCAUCUGAUCCCAGGGUGAUUGAUUCCCUCUCUCAGAUGCUGGCUAUGGGUUUCCAUAAUGAGGGAGGCUGGCUUCAACAACUGCUGGUAGAGAAAGACGCUGACAUUGGAAAAGUUCUCGAUGAGAUAAAGAGACGUCAAGUGACCAGGCAGAAUGCAAAUGGAUUCAUGGCUUAAAGCUGUUGUCUGCACGCAUAUUUUGGAAAUGACUUCUAACCUUGCCCUUGGACAAUGCCCUUUUAACUUUUACUUAUCGUUAUAACCAUUGUGUGUAACCAGAGCUAGAAUGAAUUGAAUUAAAGACUUGGUACUUAAGUAUAUUGUUACCGAUAUUUAAGAUUUUGAAAUUUUUACCCAGUUUCGCAUUUUGUUUGUCUAUUUGGAUUUUUUCCCCAAAAAAAUUAAGAACCAAUGUUGUGUUGAUCAACUUUUCAUUUUCAUGCAUUAUUUAUUGUUUUGAAUUAUUGAAAAAGAUACAUUGUGGUAAAUUGAAAAAGAUACAUUGUGGUAAACUACUAAACAAUGGAGGUGAUUAUGGAUACUGGAUCUAACUUCCCAGUUAAGACAGUUUUAAAAAAAUACCACAUUUUUAGGCAGUUUUCAAAAAAUACCUCAUUUUUAGGCAGUUUUCAAAAAAUACCACAUUUGUAAUGCUUAAAUAUCAGUAUGCACUAUAUGUUGUAGCUGUUGUAACACUAUAUUUAAAGUGCUCAUCACAUACACUACUAUGAUAUUGGUCCAAGUAUAACAUACCUGGAAAUGUGUCAUUCUGAGAAAUCCAAACAAAGGAACACUCUACCUUCCUCUGAUUCAUAUACCUAUACUUUAGCAAGACGAGUUAUACCAAGUUUGUGGUAGAUCUUGCAUCAGGUAUAUUUAAAAUGACCAGAGUGACUCAAUUCAUGUUGUUAUGCUUUAAUGAUAGUGGCUAUGUUAUUGAUCUGGUUUUGUAUGUUUGUGUGGUUUUAAGGCCAAAUAAAAAAAAUUGACAUCUUAUCAAAAAUACCAAUAAAAUUAUUCAUGAAAUUAAAUAUUUGAUAUUUCAGUUUCUGGAGAAAAGCAUUCUACAUACUUGGUAUAUAUUUGCUUUGGAAGGAAUAUGAAGUUUAGCUCAAAUGAAAAUGUUUUGAUUGAACCAAUACCAGUAUGAUUUGUUGUUGUUUUGCUUUCAUUUAGAAUCUGACCAAUAUUAACAUUUUAAUUAUCUUUAUUUGAUAAGAUAUUUAUAAUUGAUUCAGUUUUAUCUUUUUGAUAACUUAUAUUCAUUUUGUGUCCAUGACAAGGAUUUGGUAAUUCACUGAUUUUGGAGUCGGAUGUUGUUUUAGCAUUACAUAUGCAAAAAAGAUACGAAAAGUUCAGAAAGACACUUCAACUUUGGUUGCAAAAUAAGUUAGAUACCAAACUAAUGAUUUUUGGAGGAUGAUUCAGGAGUGGUGUAAAGAAGCAGAAAGGUGUUACGAUAAAGGGUAUUGUGAAAGCUGAAAGAUAAUAUUGUAAGGUCAUCAGGGUACAGGUAGAAAGUCAGGAAUGGAGUUUGAAAAAUGAUAGAAAGGAGAGAAGAGCGUUUAUCACCAAUGGACUUUCAACUGUUGUAUUUUUGUGGAUUAUUGGGUUUAUCUGUGGAUUAUUAUCUGUAAUAAACUUUUCAAAGUUAA